CAAAUCAGAAGUAGCGGUUUCCUCGCGGCGUUUGUUGUUUAUGGUAGGAGCAAUAAUACUCCAUUCUACCCAGAGAAAAGAUCGGUGCAUUAGCUCGCUACUAUUUAGUCACAGCAGGCCAGUUUAACGGACAGCUUGAAGCAAUCGCCGACGUGGUGAUCAGUGAGGCCAAUAAAUCGGUGCAAAAAUGAUUCUCCGAGCGGUUGCAGGCAUUUUUCUGCUCUGUGUCAGCGGUUCCCUGGCACUCUAUUCGUCGUCGGAUGAUGUCGUGGCAUUGACGGCGGCAAACUUCGAUAAGACCGUAUUGAAGAGUGACGAAGUUUGGGUGGUCGAGUUCUACGCCCCGUUCUGCGGACACUGUCGCAAUCUGGUGCCCGAAUAUCGCAAGGCCGCCACGGCUUUGAAGGGAGUGAUUAAGGUCGGCGGAAUCAACUGCGAGGAGGAGCAGAGUCUCUGCGGCCAGCACGGAGUACGUGGUUAUCCGACGCUGAAGAUUUUCGGUGCCAACAAACGCUCGCCGGUCGACUACAAUGGACAGCGCACGGCGAAGGACAUUGCUGAGGCGGCACUGAGUGAGGCAAAGAAGAAGAUCAAGAACAUUCUCGGCGGUGGUGGAAGCGGCAGCAGUAGCAGCGGCGGAAGCGACAGUGGCAGCAACGGUUCGUCGGACGAAGUAAUCGAGCUGACCGAUGCCAACUUCGACAAGCUGGUGCUUCAGAGCGAGGACACGUGGCUGGUGGAGUUCUUCGCGCCAUGGUGUGGCCACUGCAAAAACCUUGCACCGCACUGGGCCAAGGCGGCCAAGGAGCUCAAGGGCAAGGUGAAGUUGGGCGCACUCGAUGCAACCGUACACCAGGUUAAGGCGUCCCAGUUCGGCGUGCAGGGCUAUCCGACGAUCAAGUACUUCCCGGGCGGACCGAAGGAUCGUAACUCGGCCGAAGACUAUGAUGGUGGUCGUACCUCGUCGGACAUUGUCAACUGGGCGCUGGAGAAGUACAGCGACAACAUACCGACACCGGAAGUCGUUCAGCUCACCUCGGAGAAGGUGGCACGAGAUACGUGCGAAAACAAACCACUUUGCGUCGUGUCCGUACUGCCACACAUUCUCGACUGCAAUGCCGAGUGUCGCAAUCGGUAUCUGCGUAUCCUGACCACGAUGGGAGAUAAGUACAAGAAAAAGCAGUGGGGCUGGCUGUGGACGGAGGGAGGCGCCCAGCUGGAGCUCGAGUCCACGCUCGAUAUCGGUGGCUUCGGUUAUCCGGCCAUGGCGGUCGUCAACUUGAAGAAGAUGAAGUACUCGCUGCUGCGCGGUUCCUUCUCGGAGGACGGCAUCAACGAGUUCCUGCGGGAUCUCUCGUUCGGUCGGGGUCACACGGCUCCGGUGAAGGGUGCCGAGCUGCCAAAGAUUCACAGCGUCGAAGCAUGGGACGGCAAGGACGGACAGCUACCCGAGGAGGAAGAGUACGAUCUGUCCGACGUCGAUUUGGACGAGAAGGACGAGCUGUAAAAACGGACUGAUUUCCAUCCUCUUCACCUAUUCGGUGGUCCCCCUCCCGCACAACCGCUCUUUCUUCCCAUGGAAGAGCUUCCGUGUGCUUUUUAGUUUGUAAGCAAGAUAUGGUUUAGCAGAAGUUCGGAACAAAAUAGUCGUUGCAUUUACCGCAACCAACCAUUGCCGUCGUUCUUUCCAUUCCGGCAGUUGUUCAGAGAGUUCAGUAAAGCACAUAAUUUAACACAAUUAGAACAAGGACAGAUAGUCAAACUGAUAAUAAAGAACUGAUAAGAGAUGAAUAAAGAUCGAUCUGAUCUAAUUCAA